AUGGAGACUGGUUCACCCCCGUUACCGCCUCGUGGACAACACAAUGAGAUUGUUUUGGAUACCACGUUGUCGCAGGAUCCAUCUGUUGGUGCCCAGGCAUCCAACUUGCAACAUUUCAAAUUUAAGGCCAAUGACAGCUUGUCGUGCAUUUCCCUUAUGAGACAGGCCGAGUUAUGCAGAUCCACCCUCAUGAACAAUUGCUACAACAUUUUAUCAAUUGAGGCGCGACAUUCAAAUUUAAGUGAAGAUGGAACUUUUUGGGGGAAAUUCAUCAAUGACUAUAGUGAUGAAACUAUAAGAAAUGGUGACAUUGCAGCAUUGGAGGAGGAAAUACUUGCUGGGAUUCCAGCAGCAGCAGCCGGCAAUAAUGGUGAUGGCGGUGAUAAUAAUCUAAGGGCAGCAGUGUAUGAAAAGGUUCUCGACAUAAAGUAUAAUUUCAGCACCAUUCGCGAUCUCCAAAGAUACGUCAAGGAAGGGCCCGGGUCAAGUGGCGAAGAUCAAGUAAACCAACUUGAAUUGUUGAUUAAAGAGAGUGGAGGAGCAGAGUUUAACCUGACUUUACGGUUUUUUUUAAUGAGUGUUUACGAGUUGAUACUGCUGUUCCCCCAGCCCCAGAAAUUUUUUGUCUUGCUCAAGAUGUAUCAAUGGUACAUCUUGUUGAGACAAGAUGAAUUUGUCUACAAGGUGAAUCGCGGAUUGGAGGACUCUCUAGGUGAAAGUUUUCCACAUUUUUCAAGCCAAGGAAUCAACUGGUCUGCAUAUUAUAAAGAAAUGGUCCCCGUUUUGAUGGUCUCGCCGCUUAUCUUGGACCUUGUUGUGUUCGAAGGUGCUGACUUCAUUCUUCGUCUUAUUGUGUGGCUAUUCACCAAAAGUCAAGACAAGCUUUUGAAGCUCCACGGCGACGACAUGCUCGAUUAUGUGCGUACGGACGAGUUCUUUGGCGCCAUGAAUGGCAACUUGUCUGAGAUUCUAGAGUUGGACCUCCCCGUGGUUCUUUACGAGAAUGAGUUUUAUCUCAUGAGUGCAAACUCGUUGAGCAAUAACCGAAACGAGCUCUCGAACCUCAAAGACAUUCGAGAUGAAUUAACUGUCAAGAUAAGCGAAACAAAGCGCAAGAUCGAUGAGCUCCAGCUAACCCAUACUGAGAUUGCAGGGCAAAGCACCCAAUUCACAUCGGACUUGGAAUCUGCACGCCAGGAAAACUUACGGUUGAAUGAGGAGAAAACGAGCUUGCAGAAAAGAUACGAAAAUCUCACCAUGAAGGAGAAUUUGGCAAAUACCAUUCAAGCGAAUAAGGAGUUUUUUCAAAGGAAUGAAGAUCUCAAACUACAAGUUGAAAAGUUGAGAAAACUGGUUGAGCAAAAGAAAGUGAAGCUUGCCAAAGUUGGCGUUUAA